AUGCUGUUUCAAGCGAUCAGCACCUUCUUGUUUAUAGGUAUUCCAAAAUCUCAAGAUUUUAAUUUUCAUUCAUUUUCAGCACAAUGCUCUGCGUUAGUCGAGUACAAGAUGGUGAACAAGACUCCGGAUGAGAUGUUCCUCCGAACGACGCUCAUCGAAAUUCUGAAUGAGCCGAGAAAAGCCAUCGUUUUCGCGACUAAUGCUUCUUCCUUGCAUUGGCUGGUAAGAAGAAUCGAGGGGCACUGAAGACGAACCGAAAAGUUUCCAGAAAUGGGACGAAUCCCUCGCGUGGAUGGCUCACAAAACUCUGGAUUCUUGUGAGAACUACGAGCGAUCCGAUGAGGACUUUAUUCAAAUCCGACUGAAACUCAGCGAGAAAACCACCACAACAGCACAGCAAACCAGUGUGGAAACAAUAAGUAAGUCCCGAUAACAGAAACGUGCUGGAAAGUGCCAACAUCUUCAGUUCACGACAUCUGGCAGCCACUCGACGAUUUCGCCGAGUACAAAAACGGCAGGCAUUCCACGUUCGGACACAUAAGAAGACUCGAUUUCAUUCCGCUCUUCAACUUCUUUCAAAAAGAUUGGACCCGUGUCGGCUGUGCAUUCCAGAUAUGCAAGGAUCCGUUAACGGGAGACGAGAAGAAUCUGGUGUGCUACCUGGGACCAAAGUGAGGACUCAAAUGCAAUUGGUACCGUUGUGUUCAUUUUCAGAGUUCAACUGGACGAACACGUGUUUGAAAUGAAGGGAUCCAGAUCGGAAAUGUGCAAAGAUUGUCAUUGUCGUUCGAUGCUGUGCCUGGAGGAUGAAUUCGAUGUGGCGAGUUUGUCGGAUGAAGAUUUCAAAGCAAAGAUACUCACGGAGUUCAACGGAGCACGCAGUCAGUUCGCACUCAAAGCCAACGCAGGGCUCAUGCACAAACUGGUCGGCUCCAGUCGAUGGAAAUCCACUGUUCCUUGUUAUUUCAGACUUGGGACGACGAUCUUGCUCAGUCGGCGGCUGUAUCCGGCCAGCAGUGUCCUGGCAACUACUCGCACACCCUGAAUAUCCGUGAAUUAUUCGCCGAUGCGUUCCUAGAUAAUGCUGCCGGACUGGGAGCAAUCGGCGAGAUGUACGGCACGUCGACCGGCGAAUUUCAGCACUCGGAAACGUACGAUUCGAAUGGAAUGUACACGAUUCUCUGGGCGAACAUGGAAAAGGUCGGAUGUGCUUUGACACCGCCGUGCCAAUUCAAAGUGUUUUGUCAUUUCGGAGAUGUGUAAGUGAUUGGAUUGUAUGGGAAUGGGAGAAACGGAGAGAGUUUUCAGUGGUGCUAUCGACGGAAAGUUGUACGAAAAGGGAGCUCCGUGCUCGAAGUGCGAAAAGGAUUGCGAGGACGGACUGUGCAAAGAGACCGUCGUGACGACCACUACGGGCGUCACGAGCGAUACGACGACUUCUUCGCAGCCAUGA